GCCGUUAAAAGCCAGUUGACGUCGGCUAGCUAACGUUAGCUGUCAGCCAGGUUCAGUCAUUGUGCAGGAUGGAGGUGACACGCCAAAAUUUUAAAGACAGUUUAAAGACGGUUUACAGUGCGAUAGAAGAGGCUGACUUCCUUGCCAUCGAUGGAGAAUUUUCAGGGAUAAGUGACGGUCCUAAUGUGAGUGCACUUACCAAUGGACUGGACACACCAGAGGAGAGAUACACAAAGCUUAAAAAGCACUCAAUGGACUUUCUGCUGUUCCAGUUCGGCAUAUGCACAUUCACUUACGACCAGGCAAAGUCAAAGUAUAUCAUAAAGCCUUUUAAUUUUUAUGUAUUCCCAAAACCGUUCAACAGGACGUCCCCUGACCUAAAGUUCAUCUGUCAGAGUUCCAGCAUCGACUUCCUGGCCAGUCAGGGGUUUGACUUCAACAAGGUGUUCUGUCAUGGAAUCCCGUACCUAAACAAGGAGGAGGAGGCGCAGCUGAGGGAGCAGACAGAGGAGAGGAGGAACCAACAAGCCAACGGUAUCAAUAAUCAAUCCUUCACCUCCCCGUCCUCCAAAGGCCCAGCACACGUACCUCAGGAACACAAAGACUACAUCAACAGGGUGAUAGCGAAGGUGGAGGGUCUCUUCACGAGCUCAGAGAAGACUUUGGACCUGGAGCCAUGCACUGGGUUUCAGAGAAAGCUGAUCUACCAGACGCUGAACUGGAAGUUUCCCAAGGGGCUUCAUGUAGAAACUGUAGAAACAGAAAAGAAGGAACGGUUCAUCCAGGUCUGCAAAGUAGAUGAUGAAGAGAGGAAGAGGAGGGAACAGCAGAAACUGGAGAGGGAGCAGGAGGAGGUAAACGACGCCGUUGGCUUCUCCAGGGUCAUCCACGCCAUCUCCAAAUCUGGUAAACUCGUGGUUGGCCACAACAUGCUGUUAGAUGUGAUGCACACCAUCCAGCAGUUCUACCUCCCUCUGCCAGAGGAUCUUCCAGACUUUAAAGAGGUCACCAUGUGUGUGUUCCCGAGACUCCUGGACACAAAGUUGAUGGCGUCCACUCAGCCGUUUAAGGUAAAUGAUCUGAUGAACAACAUAAACUACCACAGUAUCAUCUGCAUAAAAACUGGAAAGCACCUUGCCAAGUCCGAGACAAACCGAACGCCUCCUGCCAAGUGA